GAGAAUAUUCCAGUACCUAGUCUGGCGCAUGGAUUGGAUCGAGUGCUUUUCAAUCCUGGAGUCUACUAUCUGCAAGACCCGCGGUCACACAUCUACAAUUUCGAUCCCUACCUGCAGCAAAUAACACCAGUGGAGGAGUUCAACUUUGAUGCUUUGUCAGAGUACAUCACCUCGUCGCGCGAUUCUACCUUGGAUGAGCUUGCACGGGAGAAUGGUCUCUCAGUAGUUGGUUCGACGUCCAGUAUGACCACUACGCUUGCUCAAUUUCACUUUCUAUUGUCUGCCAAUCGCCCUGUCAACCUCAGUCGGUUAUCCACUGCCUUUGUUGGCAAAAGUACCGACUUCACGCCAUCACAGCGUGCCCCAACGUCCAUCUAUUUGCGUCACAACGACGGCAUUUACGCCAUUGACGCAGACAAAUCCCUAGACAGCGGCGAAACCGUGCUAUCAUUCCUUGGCAGGUCCAUGGAAAAGAUGCUGACACUCGUCCCAGAAGACUUUUCAAAACUACGCAAAGACCGACAAGCUGAGCCGCGGCCAGCUCCGUCGCGUGAAUCCUAUCACUACAGCAAGAUUGGUCAAAUGCUGAUGCGAUCACAACUCGAUUGUCAUGAUCCUAGACUACCGGGAACAGGUACCUUUGAUUUGAAGACACGUGCCGUCUUGCCUGUGCGGCUUGAUGUACGGAACCAUGCGACUGGUGCUGGCUAUCAAAUCGUACGAUCCACAGGCAUACUGGAAUCCUUUGAGCGUGAAUACUAUGACAUGAUUCGUGCUGCAUUCCUCAAAUACUCGUUGCAGGUGAGAAUUGGCAAGAUGGACGGUAUCUUUGUGGCUUACCACAAUACUGAGCGCAUCUUUGGCUUCCAGUACAUUUCAAUUGAUGAAAUGGAUGAGUGUCUACAUGGAUCUAGUACAGACAAUAUUGCUGGUCGCGAGUUUGUCAUGAGCUUGAAGCAGCUGGACAAGGUGCUCAAGAUGGCCAUUGACAAGUACCCAGGCCGUUCAAUGUGUCUGUCCUUCCAAACAACCACGGGCAAGAAGCCUGUGAUGGAGAUUGUUGUGGAAGCCAUGUCGGAGGAGGAGAUCCAAAAGCGACAA